GAGCCUUGGCUGCUGGGACCCUCAUCAUGACACUCUGACCUAGUCCAAAAUCCAGACAUGCUCAGUGCUCUUCUUUGCAUCCUUCCAGAAAGUAAGGCUGCUGUUUCGUUUUCUCCCAACGGCCCCUUCCUACCCCUCCUUCCAGGCCACUAUUCCAUCCUAACUGGAAAGCAGAGUUACAGCAGCACAUUCUUCUGACAGUCUUGCCACGGACCUCAGGAAACAUCCACAUUGACACUCCUUAGUAAGGUUAAAUGGCCAAACUUAGAACUGAAUAAAAGAAGAAAGGUGUAAGAAAGCCUGCUGGGCACCAGCAUUCCUGUUUCCUGGCUGUGGAUGCAGCAUGGCUAGCUGCCUGGUGACCCUGCAGCCACAGCUGGAGCUGCUCUUCCUGCCGUGCUUCCCUGCAGGGCUGGAUGAUACCUUCAAGCAAUGAGCCCAAAGGAGCCCUUAGAUUGUCAGGUCACAGCAGUAAGAAAAGUGCCGCUCUCCAAUCUGCUUUUUGUGCCACUCUCCUAAACACAGCAGGAGAUGCCCUGCUGCCUCUGAUGUGUUUGGGCCAAGGCUGAAGAGGCUGCCAAGAAGCUGUAGUUCAGGUUCUGGAAGAUUGCAGUCCUGGCUACUUGACUGUGGAAGUUUCUGCUUCCAGGUUCCUGCCCUGCUUGAGUUCCUGCCCUGGCUUGCCUGAAUGAUGAACUGUGAGUGGGACAUGGAAGCCAAGUAAAUCCUUACCUUCCAAAGUUGCUUUUGGUCAUGGUGUUUACCAUGGCAACAGAAAAGUAAUGAAGACACUAGCGGUCCUGGGGAGGCUGGGAGGAGCAGAGCUCGCUUUGCGCUGAGGCUGGGGGAUCAGUCUUUCCGGGGCGGUCCCUAGCGGCGGUGCAUUCCAGAGUCAUCCGUGUGGCGCGUGGAGUUCUGAGCACGCAUCCCAGCCUCUGUUGCGCGCUCCCGGACUUGGGAGCCCGAGCAUGUUCCUGGCGCCAGCAGAGCUGAGGUUCCAGAGCUGGGGUAGCUUGAGGCUGCUUGAUCCCCUGCGAUCCUGGGGACCUGGAAGAGCACCGGUUGCUGCUUGUAAAGCCUAAGUGUGGAUCGGGAUCGGAUCGAGGGGCCGAAAUGGAUGCUAUCAGCCAAUCACCUGUGGAUGUCCUGCUUCCCAAGCACAUUCUGGAUAUCUGGGCCAUUGUCCUCAUCAUCCUGGCUACCAUCGUCGUCAUGACCUCCUUGUUUCUGUGCCCGGCCACUGCAGUCAUCAUCUAUCGAAUGCGGACUCAUCCGGUUCUCAAUGGGGCUGUCUGAGACCAUUGAAAGUGGGAUGGCGUGUGAUAAGAACACAGGUCUCUCCCCCAGCCUCUUCUCAGAGAGACAGUGGAGAAGAUGCAGGAGUUGGACUUGCAGUUUAGUUUUGAUUCUGCAGCUGGCUGACAGUGUGAAUUUGACCAAGGGACCUAACGCUCUGGGUACCAAGCUCCUUAGCUUUCAGCCAGGGGUCAUGGUCCCUGCCUCCCGCUUCACAGGGUUGAGAACCAUGGAAGUGAAUGCUGUUUGUGAGCAGUGAAGCCACACAGAUGUGUGCCGUGCAGUGAGAAACUUUGCAGAACCAAAGAUCCUUGAAGCUGCUGAUGGUAAAGGAGGUGAGGGAGACUGGGAAAGAGCAGCUUUGGCCAGGGCCCCUCGCACCAAACCAUGGAAGUCUACCCCAUCCUCAGCAAAUCAAACUUCUGAUUUGUGAAACUUCUUCCAUUUUUCUCUGUUGGGGAGAAGGAGCUGAUAUGGCAGAGAGAGAGAGAUGAGCACAAGUUUCACAAACUUCUCUGCCAAUCUCUGCCCCGUGUGACUCGAAGGAGAGCUUUGCCAUAAUUUAACAGUGCCCAAGGUGUUAGUGCAGUGACUUGCUUUCUGCACUGAGUCUCAUGUCUCUGUUAGCUUUGACUCUCAAGCAGUGUUAGAAAUGCAAGGUGGCUGAGUUUUCUGCCCAGCAUUCUAGCCCCUUCGUGUGACCCCCAGGAGAGAAUUUCCCUCUGCCUGAACUUUGUUGUCGCUAUCUUCGUGAUUUUGUUUAGUCAUUUUUGUUUGUGGCACUGGAGAACUCGGGGCCGUGUUCUGUCAUUGAGUUACAAGCCCUUCCAGCUCCAGCAGCCAUCUAAAGUACUUAUUAUUUUAAGAGAUUUCCCAGGACUCUUGAACCCGACUCAAAACAAUGAUGGUUAUUUUAGAUGCUAUGAUUUAUAUUUACAUAGAGAUAUUUCUAGACUAUUAAAGCUUUCCCUUUGAUACUCAAGUCAGGGGCAUCUUGGGAUCUAUUGUUAUGUAAGAAGAUAGCAUAGAUAUUAGGAUUGUGUCAAAUGAUGCUGACUUUGAUCUUACUUCAUUGAUGUAUGCAUCCAAUUUCCAAUAAAGUGCCGCACUGACCAUG